AUGGCCCAAACAUUCGUCAUGCGAGGGGUCGAAGGCAAGGUGAAGAAGACGCCGGCCGACAUCCCCGAGCUCAAGCCCAACGAGGUGCUCGUCAAGAUCACCCACAGCGGCCUCUGCGGCACGGACUUGUUCUACAUCGACCCGGGCUGUGCUCUGGGCCACGAAGGGGUCGGGACGGUCGAGAAGGUGGGCAGCGCGGUGACGGCGCACAAGAUUGGGGAUCGCGUAGGCGGAGGAUAUCUGAGAAGUGUAUGUUUUGAUUCCAUCGUCCACGAGCCCGCCACCAGAGUCUUGGCCCAUUCGACUCGGCCGCAGGAGAAUUCCCUCACUGACAAUCUCCCGACUCCCCAGAGCUGUGGCCAGUGCAAGUACUGCCUGACGGGCCAGGACAUCAUGUGCUACAACCGCGACAUCUACGGCUUCGCGGGCUUCAGCAACGGCACCUUCGCGACCUACUACGUCGCGACCGAGGGCUACAUCUACGCCAUCCCGGCCUCGAUGCCCUCGGAGGUCGCGGCGCCGCUGCAGUGCGCCGGCGCGACCGUCUACGCCGCGCUCAAGGCGUACUACCGGACGGGCAUGCGCGUGGGCGUCCUGGGCAUCGGCGGGCUGGGCCACCUGGCGAUCCAGUUCGCCGCCAAGAUGGGCGCGCCGACGACGGUCUUCAGCACGAGCCCAGACAAGGAGAAUGAGGCGCGCGGGUUCGGCGCGUCCAGCUUCGUCGUGCUCGGGCACGAGGACAAGCUGGACGAGCCGGUCGACUUGCUCCUCGUCACCGCGCACAAGGCGCCGGAUUGGUCGACGUUCAUGAGCGAAAAGGUGGUCGCACGAGGCGCCCCGAUCGUGAUCCUGGGCGCGCUGGGCAUGACCCUGGAGUUCCCAUUCCUCCCCUACUUCUUCAACUGCUACAACCUGGUGACCAACCUGGUGGCCUCGCGGGCCACGCACGCCGAGAUGCUCGCCUUCGCCGCGCACCACGACAUCAAGCCGCUGAUCGAGGAGUUCCCCAUGGACGAGGCCGGCAUGGCCGAGGCCGUGGCGCGGCUGCAGCAGGGCAAGAUCCGGUACCGUGCGGUCUUGAAGGCGUGAAUCGCGUAAGAGCCUGAGGGGUUGGGAUUCGGGGACUGUGCUAUGUGGAUACGGUUCGACGAUUCACCGUUGGUGGAAAUUCUCCCUCGCGGGCGACGUUUGACGGUCGAUGGUCAAUGGUCGACGGGGUAGCAUGAUAGGCACGAGCGGGUCGAGUAUGAGGUACAAGGUACAGACUACAGGAACAACGGGGCGCUUCUUAUCACACGGUCGCAAAGAUCGAAACGCGGUUGCUUGAUGGCUCUUGGGACCCCCUUCCUUGCUUUCUACCAAAUGUCACCGGUUCAAUCUAACCCGCUCGACUCAAUCAUGCUACAGUAUUCACAGAGAGAGAGGUGGAGGGAAACAGUGAAAGAGGGCUCUGUGCCGUCUGUGUAUAGGGUAGCCGAUGGCAACG